AUGGAUUACCUAAUGACAAUUCUUUUCAUCGCCUGGCUAAAUUUUGUUAUCUUGGCUGUGGUUAUUUGUGCUAAAACAAAGGUGGAUUUUAUGUGUAAAACUUUCGCUUCGUCAAACCCGCUUUCGUAAAACUUUUUUUUUGUUUACAGUAUCCGGAACAAGUAGCCCCCUCUACAAGGAAAUCUCGACCAACCGUGGCCGAGAAUCCUCCACUUGCAGGGCGACAAAAGCCGGAAGAGAAAGUGAUCGUUGAGUCUUCAUCAUCAGAGAAUAAGAAUGAUUACAAGAAGCCGGAGGCGGAGAAGAAGGUUCACGGCCAGCCCCAGUCUGAUCCGGCUCCGCUCACCUUGAAUGGAUUAAUGCCCCCAGGCGAAUGUCCAAAGUUUGAUGGUCAAAAGGAAAAGGAAAACAGAAGUGAUCCCGAGACAGACUUCAGAAGUCUGGAAGACCGACUGCAGAAGGAACAAGGAAAGAAGGCCGGCUCAUUAAACAAGAAGAUGGGUUCUGCCAAGAGAGCCCCAACUUCGCUGGAUGGCACUGUGCAGACGCAAUAUGGAUCAACAAAGCGACAGCCAGCUUUGAAAACAGCGGAUCUUAAGGAAAGUGGGCGGUUUGAUAGUAAGAGAAACGCCAGCAUGGAGGUGAGUCUGCUGGUCAGAUCCUGAUUUACAACACCAAGAAUGUAUCUAUUUAAUAUUCGUUUCAGGUGGCGGAUCAAACCCAGGCAACCAAUUAUCAUCGUCCCGAUUCAAACCAGGCAUCUUCCGAUUACAUUGCGGUAUGUGAUGUUGUUGUAAACUUGACGUAAUGUUUUAGCCCGUUCAAAACAUUUCAACUCCCACUCCACCCAGCCGAUAUUCUGAUACCUGA